AUGUCGCUCGAGCGGCGACUUGGACAGAAUCCAGGACUGUACAACGAAUACAAAGCCUUCAUGCAAGAAUAUGAAGAUAUGGGACACAUGGUGUCCAUCGCCGCAGAGGACCUUCACAAGGUUAAAUACUUCAUUCCGCAUUCAUGCGUAGUGAAACCCGAUUCCACUUCUACUAAGGUAAGAGUAGUGUUCGACGCUAGUGCCAAGACGACUAGCGGGGUAUCCCUCAACGAUAUUCAAAUCGUGGGACCCACCAUUCAAAGAGAAUUGUUUGAUCAACUGAUCGAAUUCAAAACACACGACAAGGUACUGAUGGCCGAUAUAGCUAAGAUGUAUCGGUUAAUACUGAUUACAGAUCAAGACACUUGGUUGCAAUGCAUUCUGUGGCGAUACAGCCCAGAAAAAUCAUUGAAAGCAUACAGAUUGAUGACUGUCACGUAUGGUGAAGCAUCUUCUUCAUUUUUGGCCUGUAGGGAACUGCACGAAGUAGCCGAAAAAUAUCGAGAGAUAAAUCCAAAUAUCGCUAAUAUUAUUCAACAAUCAUUUUACGUUGACAACCUUAUGAUCGGAGCAUCAACCACUACGGAGUUGAUGAGCAUGAAACAACACAUUGAACAGGCAUUACUGCGCCACGGAUUUCCGCUACGAAAGUGGGCAGCAAACGACAUGUGCGCUCUGGCAGGGAUACCAGAACAAGACUUGAAGCCUCUGAUCCAAGUUGGAGAUCAGGAGGUUAUCAAAACAUUAGGAGUCGCCUGGAAUCCUAACAAAGACGUAUUCCAGUUUAUCAGUGUCAACGCAACAAGCAAGGCCUUGAAAGCCCUCACCAAGAGACAAAUGGUCUCCAAAAUACUAAGGUUAUACGAUCCAUUGGGCUUAGUACAACCCGUGAUCGUAACAGCAAAAAUUUUGAUGCAAGAAUUAUGGACUAACAAUAUUAGCUGGGACGACGAAGUUCCAGACUACGUUUUCAAUGCAUGGAUGAAGUAUGAGGCAUUACUUGCCGAACUGAAACACAUAGAAGUACCUCGGAUGACGAUUCCGAGCCAAACAAUCGUGCUAGACUUGCACGGAUUUAGCGAUGCAUCUGAAAAGGCGUACGGAUACGCCAUAUAUCUACACUCAAUCGAUUUGAGGGGCAACGAAAGCACAAAAUUGCUGUGCGCGAAAGCAAGAGUGACUCAACUGAAAAAAGUCACACUGCCUCGCUUAGAGCUCUUGGCGGCGGUACUAUUGGCAGAGCUCGCUGUCAAGCGAUUCUCAGGUGGAUUUGAGCUGGAUAAAAUCCACGAGCCCACGCUGGGGAACAUUUAUCAAGAACGGAAUCACGAAGAUACACGACUCCACGAAACCUGA